GCAAGACAUCGACUCCUUCCUUCCUUUCGCACCCACCAGCACGCAAUACCUUCAAAAGCUAUACUACAACUCCACAAUACUAUGGCGAACAUACCAAUCGUCGACUUCAGCGCCUACUCACACAAGAUUAAACAUGGCGACAGAACCAAAACCGCAAAGGAAAUCGACGAAGCAUUCCGCAACGUAGGCUUCGUAUACCUAAAGAACCACGGCGUAUCGAAAGAGAGAGUACAAAAGUGCUUUGAAUGGUCCAGGAAAUUCUUCGCCCUACCACUGGACACGAAGAUGAGAGCUCCGCAUCCCCCAGGCGGCUCUCACCACCGCGGCUACUCCGCCCCUGGGCUCGAGAAAGUAUCCCAACACACGUACGACGCGAAUGAACUGAAUAAACUGCGCGAAGUACCGGAUCACAAAGAGUCCUUUGAGUGUGGAAACACCACCGAUGCGGCUCAACCCAACAUAUGGCUCCCUGAAGCCGCACUCCCGGGCUUUCGAGACUUUAUGGAGAGUUUCUUUGCCGACUGCUCCGCGCUAAUCCACCAGUUGUUGGACGCGCUGAGCGUUGCUUUGUCGCUAGACAACAGUCUCUCGCCCACACACAGCCGAUCUCACUUCCAGCUCCGCCUUCUACACUACCCGUCCCUCCCUUUCCCCGAACUCGCACAAGGCAAGCGGAGCCGGAUAAACGCACACUCUGACUUCGGCACGCUUACGCUGCUUUUCCAGGACAGCGUUGGUGGGCUGGAAGUCGAGGAUCCGCAGACGGGCGGGUUUAGAAGUGUGGAACCGGUGGACGAUGCGGUGCUGGUCAAUGUGGGGGAUUUGUUGGCAAGGUGGAGUAAUGGAUGGUGGAAGAGUACGGUGCAUAGAGUUAUGUCACCGCCUGCUCUGAAGUCGGAGACGGAAGAGGAGGGAGGGGUGGAAGCGGUGGUGGGUGGGAUGGUGGCAGAUAGGUACUCAAUCCCCUUUUUUGCAACUGCGGAUCCGGAGACGGUGAUUGAGGCGUUGCCGGGGUGUUGGAGCAAUGAAAACCCGAAAAAGUAUGAGAGUGUUACGGCGUGGGGGUAUGUGCAGAUGCGCAUGGCAGCGCUGUACUCGUCAUCUCAGUCAUAGUCGUUGGGGCCGGAGAUCACUCAUUGGAUGAUCAGCUUCAAAACGAACUCCCAUUGGAAGUAAGUACCUGCAAUCGUUAAACUGUUGGGUAUGAUGAGAGAUGUAGGGCAUGCUCAAAAACUCCCGUGAUCUAAUGCUUCAACUAAUAUCUACACUUCUCCCAC